AUGUUGCCAGAACCAAUUUUCUAUUUACAACAAUGCAAAACAAAAAAAAUGCAAAAAUUAAAAGUAGGAAAUAUUUGUGAAGUGCAAUUAAGUGAUUUAUUCGUUUUUUGUCUAUCACUUCUGGAUGCCAAAGGAUUGUUUUUGAGAGCUUUGUAUAACAUAAGGUCUCGACAAGAAAACAACGGUGCGGUCCUCGCAUUAUGA